UUGAAUUCAUUUUGGUUUUAUUUAGUGUAUGCAAUUGUACACUUCCUGAUGUGUUUAGUCCUUAGUGCUCAGAUCUAUUACAUGGGGCAGUGGAAUCUAGACUUGGGAAUUUUUAAAAGAAUUUGGAAUGUAAUCCGAACGGAUUGCCUUCGCUGCUCAAAACCAGUUUACACGGAUAGAAUGGUUGUGCUCUUGAUAGGCAAUGCAGUUAACUGGUCACUAGCCAUCGUUGGUCUUGCCAAACAGCCCAAGGACUUUGCUUCAUUCCUACUAGCAAUAUUCAUCAUUAAUCUUCUCCUGUAUCUUAUGUUCUACAUCAUAAUGAAGAUCCGAUGUAAAGAGCGCAUCCUACCGAUAGCUAUGAUAUUCCUUGGCUGUACCGGUAUAAUCUGGGUCAUGGCUCUAUAUUUCUUCUCUCUUGGUAUAACUCAGUGGCAGAAAACACCUGCCCAAUCACGCGAGGGCAAUGAGGAGUGCAUCGUGAUGGGUUUCUACGAUGGUCACGAUGUCUGGCAUUUCCUGUCAGCAGCUGCCAUGUUCUUUUCAUUCCUGCUUGUACUUGUAUUAGAUGAUGAUAUUGAUAACAAACCUAGAAAUGAAAUCCAGGUGUUCUGAUGAAUAUGUAGAUUAUGUAAAUUAACCUGCUGAAAUCUGUACGAAUAUUUACUAUGUAAGUUAGAGAAGACAACAGCCUGGAUAUUGAUCCUGACCAUGUAAAGUGAGCUUCACAUUUUAUCUGUUGCUCUGUUUAAAAGAUUAAAAGAAACUCUGCUGCCCUCUAGAGUGUAACAUGUUGUUACCCAUUUUGAUAUUGUAACUCCAAAUGUUAUACUGUCUUCAUGUUGGUGUUUCAUGGCUGAUAUUGUGUGUUUUAAGACCAUUCUUUAAAUACAUUCUUGUUAUUUCAUUUGUAAACUAACCAAUGACAUACAUGAGAUUAGUUUAUUGUAAUAAAUGGAGCAAUAACAUACAUUGUUUAAAUAGCUAAAUGAACAACAGUAAUAAUUAAGGUAAGAAUAAUUCAACAGAGGCUGAGGUAAUUGCUAGUUUGGAAUUACCUUUACUAUGUAAUAAUGUAGUCAAGUUGUAACAAGGUGCUUGUCUGCCAAGUCAAAGUUCCUGGGUUCAAAUACGAUCAAAAUAAGAAUUGUUGUCAUGGUUUCACACCUUGUUGUCUUGGGUCCAAACAGCUCCACUUCCUGAACCUUGUUGUGUGACUUAACCCCUGUUCACACAGGACUUUGGUCAACUAAUCUUGUACACACCUUGUAACGUUCUUGUUAAAAUUCACUCAGGCCAUCUGACUGCCAAACCUUUUCGCCUUGUUUCAUCCCAUUAGCCAAGGUAUAAACGGUGCCACCAUAAUGAAAAUCAUCCCAUCAACUGUAAUGAAACACAAACAUACAUACAGUAUUUAUUUUUAGAUCAUUACUUCCGGGUUCCUCCCUAAACCCCAAGGGCGAGAGAUUAUGUUCCGACGACCACUGCAAGCAAGUGAAUGAUGUGCAAAAAAAAAUAACCAAGCUGUUUUCUCUCAGUAGAAAAGUUAAAUGUGAAGAAUGUGAUGCGAUUAUAUCUUUCUGAGCAGCAGCGUAAUAAAAAAAAA